AUGAGUGUUAAAAAUAAGUAUAAUAUAUAAGACUUCGUAAAUUCAAACUAUUGUGAAACUAAACCAUUUUAUAAUGGUUAAUAUAUUUUAGUUUAAACAAAAGAGCAACUCCGCGAAUGCAUUUAAGAGAUCAAACAGUUUAACAAAAUAGGAGUUGAUACAGAAUAGAGCUUCAUGCAGACUUAUUAGGCCUUUCUUUGUUUAAUUUAAAUAUCUACUGAAGAGAAAGAUUAUCUGAUUGAUUUACUCUCAAUAAAUGACAAAUAAUAUAUUAAGUCAGAGAUUGAGUAAAUAUUCCUGGAUAAAAAUAUAAUUAAAAUUUUUUAUGCAGGAUAAACUGAUAUCGUAUGGCUAUAAAGAGACUAUGAUAUUUUAAUAUCUAACUAUUUUGAUAUUUAAACUGCUGCAAUAUUUUUAAAUAAGGAUGAAAGCUGGUCUUUAACUUAUCUUCUUUAAAAAUACUGCGACUAUACUCUUGAAAAGAAAGAGAAGAAAUAACUUUAACUUUCAGAAUGGUCUGAUCGCCCACUAAGUGAAGAAUAAUUAAAUUAUGCAGCUCUCGACUCUCAUUUCUUAAUAAAAAUAAGAUACGAGCUACUUCACGAAAUGAUCAAAAGACUGGAUUUCUAAAGAACACUAGAACUUCUUUACAAAAUGCAGAAAGCUACAUCUAAAAAAUAUGAGAAAAAGCCAUUUGAUGAGUUAUUUUACUUCUAAGCUUUCGAAAAGUAAUCUAAAAUUUAGGUUAAUAGUAUUGGAGCUGGGCUUAAGAGUACAACAGAAUGGAAAAUUCUUAAUAUAAUUUUCUUAGAACUUGCAGAAUUGAGAGAGAGUUACUCUGAAUAGUAAAAUAGAUAUAUUCAAAGUGUUUUAACAGAAGAAUCAUUGCUGCAAAUAGCUUAUUCUACCUUUGAUGAAAUAUAAUAUAAAUUAAAAAGUGUAUACGAAAUUCAAAACUAAGACUAAUUUACUGAAAAGCAUUCUUAAGAUUUCUUGAAUUCAAAUAAGGAGAAAAUAAUUUCAAUUCUAAAUAGACACACAAUUGAAUUAGAUAAAAUUAUUGAGAAAUACGAAUUGCUAUGCAUACCAAUUAAAAAUAAAAUGCAUAUCCUUCAGCAAAGAAUUGAGAGGAAAAAUAAGACAUUCUAAGAAAAAUACUCGAUGAAGACUGUACCUUACGAAAACUGCUAAAUACUUUCACCAGAUGGACAGCAAUUAUGUAACUGUAACAGUAAAAAAAUUUAAUGGUAUCUUAAGAAAGGGUUAGCUCAUCUUGUAAGCGAAAAUCCUACAGUUAUCAAACUUAACUUCUAGCCAAGUGGAAAGGGAAAUUUUGAUUUGGAGGAUUAGAAGAUCUUUGAAAACAAUUACUAUUAUGUAACAGAAAGAGAAAACAAAUGUGUUGUCUGUGGUUCUACAGAAAAAUUUGCUAAAUUUUACGUUAUUCCAUCUCUCUAUAGGCGUCAUUUUCCAGAUAUUUUGAAGAGUCAUAGAUCUUAGGAUAUACUGCUUUUGUGUAUGAAUUGCCAUCAAAGAGCAGGAACUUACUGUGAUAAAAAGAUUGACGAAAUUUGUUAGUAAUAUCAAGUUGAUAAAAUUAGUUUGUAGUAUGCUUCAGUGGUGUAAGACGUUAUCUAAAGAUUGAGCAGGAGUGCUAGGUCUUUCCAGAAAAAUAAGUCUCAUAUGCCCAAAGAGAAUAAGAAGAAACUAAAAUCAAUAAUUAGAUAGAACUAUUAGGAUUUUAUAGAGUUAAAGGAUAUUCAAUAAAAGAUAGAUAUUCACCCUGAUUCUUAUUUUGGAAUUAACAAGUAAAAUUAAAUUAAGAUUAAUGAUAAGUUUAUAUCAUAUUGCUUGGAAAUUGAUAACUUUAAAAAAAUUGGUAAAGAGAAUUCAUGUAAUGAUUUUAAGAAUUAGCAUGGUAAAUAUGUAGUAGAAUAACUUAAAAACUUAAAAGAUCUUACUGAAUUUGUUCUUAUGUGGCGUUAGUAUUUCAUUAAAACAAUGUAGCCUAAAUAUUUACCAAGAGAUUGGACAGAAAAGCCUAAAAGAGUAGAACCAGAUAACGAAAGUAAAUAUGAUAAAAAGCUUGAAUAGAUUCAAAUAUUUUCAAACUAAUGA